AUGGCCAAGAUCCAGGACAAGGAAGGGAUUUUGACAGACCAGCAAAGAUUGAUCUUUGCGGGCAAACUGUUAGAAAAUGGAAGAACUCUUGCUGACUAUAAUAUUCAAAAAGAAUCGACUCUUCAUCUUGAGUUGAGGCUCAGGGGAGAAAUGCAGAUUUUCAUGAAGACUCUUACCAGUAAGACCAUUACUUUAGAGGUGGAAAACUCCGACACCAUUAAGCGAUCGAAGGUUCCCUCUGUUGAACUAGAAUUCAUGGCAAACUAUUUACCAGAGCUAACACUUGCUGAAUAUGAUUUUCUUAAGUUUCUUCCAUCUGUUACUGUUGUAUUCGUUAUGAACACCAGUGGAAGCACCCAAAAUGCCAUCCAAGAAAAGUAUAGACAACUAAAGUUCAAAUUUGUGGCAACUUUAUUAUCUCCAAAACCAGUCCAGUCACUGUUCUAG